UGCAGUUCUAGGGUGCGCGUACGCCCAGUAGCCUUCAUCUAAGGGCGGGACACUAUCCACGUCGCACUCUAGGGACGAUCCCGUUGCAGGAAGGUCCAUGGAGGGCCGGUAGCGGAGAAGUGGGGAGGGGAGGGAUGUGUUUGGUCGGAUGGACGCCUUUAUAGAAGGCGAGGUACCCGAAGCUGUGUAGAGUUUAGCACUGGGGUUUCCCUAUCACUUGUCAUUUUCACUGGAAGAAAGAAAAAACAUUGUGAAGAUCGAGAAUCAUGGCCAGUUCGGAAGAAGUCACGCUGAACGGCCUUGCGACGAAGAUCGCAGAGCUCGCUGACACGUUGACGAAGACGCUCAAGGAGAACAAUGUCCCUCUUUGUACAUUCGAUGUGGAUAGCCCCGUAUCUUACGAUUCUCCCUCGCCAGAUAUCUACAUGCAGCGUCAGACUCUCAUACAGACAUGCAUGGAUCUGAUAUACCUGGCCCAAGGCCCGCGGGAGAGCAUCUUCAACUACGCACAUUCGGCAAUGCCCGAUGCCGCCUGUCUUAACGUCCUCAACUACUUCAACUUCUGGGAUGCCGUACCACUGGACGGCACCGCCUCCUACGCCGACAUUGCAAAGCACACCAACCUCCCCGAGGAGGUCGUCAAACGCUUCGUAAGGCAUGCCUCAACGCUGCGAAUCUUCGAGGAGACGGAGCCAGGCAGAUCGGCCUCGCGCGUCAAGCACUCCUUCCGAUCUGCGCCACUGGCUCGCUCCAAGGGCCUACGUGCGUUGCUGACUACAACUUUGGAACUGUCCGGUGGGCCAUUGAUGGCGCUGCAUUUCGCCUUGGAAAGGUAUAGUCAGGGGAAGCCUGCGCUGCCGAAGAAUAUUGAUGAGACGGCGUUUGCGUUGCUGUACAGUGGGGGCCAGUUUGGGAAGUUCAAGAACACGUGGGAGAUGUUGGAGAAUGACGGGGAAGGGGAAAAGAAGGGGUGGAGGCAGAGGGAGUUCACCGUCUUUAUGGAUUUCUUGAAAGAGAUCUUCGGCCUGGAGGGCGUGGUUCUGAAUGCGUACGACUGGAGUGCUCUGGGGAAAGCAAAGGUUGUUGAUAUCGGCGGGUCGGCCGGUCACGAUGCCUUCACCCUGGCAAAGAAAUUCUCCGACCUCGAGCUCGUGGUCCAAGACCUCCCUCAAGUAGCCCCAGUCUUCGAGCAGAACCUCCCCUCGGACCUCGCAUCCCGCGUCUCAUUCAUGGCCCACGACAUGUUCCAGCCGCAACCGGUCGAAGCGGACGUCUACCUCCUCAAACUUAUCCUACACGACUGGCCAGAUGAGGAAGCCGUCAAGUUGUUGCGUGCUCAGAUUCCCGCUCUGAAGCCUGGAGCUCGUGUCAUCUUCAUUGAGUAUGUAGGCGCGGAAGAGGACAGUGAGGAUGCGAAUCAGCUGCCGCGGAUAGUGAGGGGAAUGGGGUCUGCUACGGAUCUGAGGGUUAUGGCACUGUUUAAUAACAGGGAGAGACCGGUGAGCGCUUGGAAAGAGAUUUUCAAAGCCGCGGAUGAGAGGUUCGAUGUCACGAGUGUGAAGUCGAAUGCUGUGGCUUUUUAUGCGGUGGUGGAAGCUGUCUGGAGGGGGUGAACUAGAGAAUGUCUGGGGAAAUUUAAAAGAGAUGAAGGGGAUAAAACUCUGUUCAGCAAGUAGAUCG